AUGCGCGUCAAUGGGAUCUUGGUGCAGUGUCUGGACCAUCAACGAUGUCAAGCUCGGGAAUGCUGGGAGGACCAGGAGUACCGACAUCGCCAACAACGCCAACAACGCCAACAGCGAGGGGCUACCGGAACCCCUUUGAAAAGCUUGCACACUCAGCAUCAGGAGGAUCAAACAUUGCGCCAAUGGGGCCUUCUCAAGGACAUUCAGGAUCAUACUCGGGGUCCUAUUCUGAAUCACACUCUAGAACCUCCUCAGGUUCCUAUUCUGGGCGUCCCUCAAGCUCCCAUUCUGGACCACCAUCAGGAUCAUACCCUGGACCUCCCUCAGGAUCCUACUCUGGACCUCCAUCAAGAUCGCAUCCAGGACCUCCCCCAGGCGCUUACACAGGAGGACGUACCCUCAGCUCGAUGGGGUACCGAGGGUCACCUACAGGAGCAAGAGCGUUUCACGUCAUUCGCGCCCAAGAAGUCCAUCACGAGCAAGGAGUCGAGCAAGGAGUCGGCCAACGAGCAGGAGCCGAUACAGGAGCUUGAGUCGAGCCGUUCGCCAGGAUAUCUCUAUGGGUUCAUACGAGCGCUCCGUGGGCGCUACGACUCUGAUAGCAGCAACAGCGAGUUUAGCGACAGCGACAGCGACUACUACAGGAAGAACCGACGUUACAAAAGGAGAAGGUUCUACAGCUCGUCCGAAGACAGCUCAAGUGAUCUGGAUAACGGCGAUUCCAACGACGACAGCGUGGCUGAGGUGGACACGAACGGAGCAUCAACGAUGAGGACAGAUACCAGUGGCUUCACGCCUGCGGAACGAGUCAACGGCCCACUGGUCGAAAUGUUGUCAGAGUUGAAACGAUUGAAUAACCGAUAUUCGGAGCUGGGGGAGAAGCAACGGCGGGUGCAGAAGAAGAUUCGUCGGAUUACGAAGGACUUUGAGUCAGAGAUUCGAGAGCUCAAACGGGAGUUCCCCCCUGGACCUGAUUCGCAAACAGGAGGUUCAGGAAAACAAGCCGCUCAGGACACACAGUCGACACAAUCCGGUCAGCCCAAAGAUUCGGCUCCGCGUUCUACUUCAAAGUCAACCCCGCGUUCGACUCCACAACCUUCUCCACCACUGGCGCAGAACGCAGAGUCGGGAGCAGCAACAGGGAAUCGCGCAGAUCCAGGUGCAUCAGAGCCGUCCUCUUCUAGAUCGCGCAGUUUCUCCAGAUCUCGAGCGAGUACUUGGAACGGAGGAGCUGUAAAUACCCCUGCGGACACCAAUGGUCAAAAUGCUGUACCACCGCCUCCUUCACUGAUACCGGCGAGCGCAGGAGUGACUGCCAAGACGGAGGAUGACCCUGAUGAAAGCUUGAGCUUGAUCAAGAGAAAUCGUCGGAGGACGACUAGUGAUGAGCAGAUGCCUAAUCUAUCAGGGGCGGAAAGAGGAGGAGGAGGGGCAAGAGGAGAAAGAUCGGCACCGAAUGUGCAGAAUUAUGCAACAGCACCGACUCGAUCGAUCGGCGCUAGACGCGUCUUUGACCGGGCGACUUACGACCUUCCAAUCGCCAAGCUUCAGGAGCUCUCGUUCAUCUCCUUGGGGAAGUCUAAAGCCAUGGGAAAGAUUGGAGGUGGAGGAGGCCGUCGUCCGUUGGUGUUGAAUCCGUUUGCUCGUGGAACACCCUUCGAAAACAUUGCUGCCGUCAAUAGCUUGGAUGGCUUGAUUACGCUGUAUGAUAUUGACCGUCAGGAAAAGGUCAUGGAGAUUGCGCCAAAGUUGUCGAGAGUGAUUCCGUUUACGGAGACGCUGGCGUGGGUGUCCGAGGAUACGUUUGUGGCAGUCAGCCAUUUGAAGUCAGGACAGACUUGGGAGGGAGUCAAAGAGAACCUGGCGAGAGCUAAGGCAGCGGGAACGGAUGUGGCUGAUAACGACCCGUCUAGGUUCUCGCCGCCCGAGACCCAGACCAAUCUGAUAAGUAUCUUUUAUGGCAGAGAUGGUGAGCUCAAGAACAGGAUCUUUACCAUCCAGGGGUUCCCUCAUGACAGGCCGAUCCAGACCGUCACUGCCGUGUCGCGCGACGACAAUACUAUGGGCUAUGUGACUGCAGGACGGGACAAGCGCUUAGUACAUUGGAAGUUCACGAAACUGGACGGCGGUAACUUUGUGGGCGGAGGGAUGGCGGAUGUGCACAAUCUUCAUACAAACACGAUUCUGACCACGAUGUACUCCCACACCUCGAAACGGUUCUACUCGGGUGGACUCGAUGGGCGAUACAUUGUCUAUGAUAUGGAGGGGCGCAAGACCAUCGUCAACGACAAAUUGGGCCGAAUUGUUCACAUUGUCCAAAAUCCAGCUGACCCGCGCCUCCAUGCUGUUGUCUUUUCAGAAUCAACGCAGUACCAAUACCAACUCCUCGACGAACGAGUUCCCGGCCAAAAGGUCCUGACCCUCGACCACAGAUGCAAAACAACCGUCUCGAAAUUCUCAACCCCCUCAUGGCACACCGAGGGUGGCCUCUUCUGUUCGGGCACAGAUGAAAAGGGAUUCGUUAAUAUCUGGGAUGUCCGGUGGGCGGGUAUCACGCUCGAUGACAAGUCUCGCCCUGGUAAAGGUUGUAUCACGGCCGACAUCUCGGAGGAUGGGAUCAUGGCUGCCCGAGCUCUGGUUACGACGAGGGAGGCGGAGAAGUUUGAUUUUGGAGUUGGCAAGACCCAUCCAUUGCUGUGGGGGAUUAAUCAGAGGUUGAAUAGUUCGGCAAAGGGGAGAAGAGGUGGGCCAAGUCAGGUUCUGGAGGUGGGCGGGAAUAAGGUCGCACAGGCUUUGUUUCAUCCUACUAGGAAUGUUGUCAUGAUCCAGAGCUUUGAUGGCGCCCUGUCGUUCACCGACUACAACAUGAUCACCAAGUCGGUUGUCUAG